UAAUCCAAAUUAUUUAAUCCUUAACAUCGAUAAACUAAGAUGCUUAAGCUUCUAUCUUUCAAUCUUCUCUUCGUCUUCUGCUUCACCGGCCUCUUCACGUUGUCAGACGCAGCAUUAACAUACAAUGUGCUCAGUUAUGGUGCAAGGGGAGACGGUAAUACCGACUCGACGCAAGCGUUUCUACGGGCAUGGUCGUCGGCAUGCUCUUCGAGAAGUUCGGCUAUCGUAUACGUGCCAUGGGGAACUUUCUUGAUAAAACCAAUCGCCUUCAACGGUCCAUGUAAGAGCCAAAUUGUGUUUCGGAUAGCCGGAAAAAUUGUGGCACCGUGGGAUUAUCGGACCUUGGGUAGCGCCGGUUAUUGGAUCCUCUUCUACAAGGUCAACAACCUCCACAUCUCUGGCGGUACCUUUGAUGCAAGAGGUUCCGCAUUCUGGUAUUGUCGGCAAUCCGGUGAAAGUUGCCCACCUGGAGUUAUGUCGAUAUCGUUUACUGUGUGCAACAACGUUGCAGUGAGUGGAUUGACGUCGCUCAACAGCCAGUUAUUCCACAUCGCAGUGGAUCAAUGCAACAAUAUUAUCUUCCACAAUACAAAGAUAAAUGCCCCCAGCUGGAGCCUUAACACCGAUGGUAUCCACGUACAGUCUUCGACCUUUGUUACCAUAUUCCGAGGCAACAUUCAGACUGGAGACGACUGCAUAUCAAUUGGGCCAGGCUCCAAACACAUCUGGGUAGAGCGCAUUGCCUGUGGCCCUGGACAUGGAAUCAGUGUGGGAAGUCUUGCGGAAUCUACCAAUGAAGAUGGAGUCCAAAACAUCACCGUUACCGGCUGCAUCUUGACCGGAACGGAGAACGGUGUACGGAUAAAAACGUGGGCCAGGUCCAGCAACGGGUUCGCCAGAAAUAUAAACUUCAGGAACAUCAUCGUGAAAAAUGUGUAUAACCCCAUCAUCAUUGACCAAAAUUAUUGCCCCAGUAACAAAAAUUGUCCUAAUCAGAGUUCUGGGGUGAAAAUUAGAGAAGUGAAAUUUUCGAACAUAAGGGGAACAUCAGCAUCGCAGGUGGUAAUGAAUUUUGUGUGCAGUCCAAGCAAUCCAUGCCAGGGGAUACAUGUGCAGGACAUUCGACUAAGUUAUGUCAACGGAUAUGCAAAGUCGUAUUGUAAGAAUGCUGUUGGAAGCCAUAGCGGUGUGGUGGUGCCCUACAGUUGUUUGUGAAUUGUCAUGAACAUAAUUAAAAUCAUUUUAGUAUU